GAUUGCAUCACAUCCGUGCAGAGAGAGAAAGAGAGAGAGAAAGAGAGUAUUUUCCUCUUCUAGGUGAGUCAAAGCUGAAAGAGGAAGCAGGAUGUCAUGACGGAGGGUUGGUGCAAUGGCACUAUGUCUGUCCCUGCCCAAAGUAAGGGCCACUACUGCCACCGAGGACUGUGGGAAAUGACCCCCGAUGUGCUGCUGUUGAUCUUGGCACUGACAGCCUGUCUGACUGAGUCUGUUCACUGUAAAAAGGACAAUGGAGCUGGAGUUCCAGAAACAAAAGCACGCAGCACUGAAGAACCGAUCUCAUUGGCAAUAACACACACUCCUGCACUAACCAAUGAAACAUGGAACAGCAUCACAGUUCAUAUACAGGAGGAAGAUGUUUCCAGAGGUGCUGAAACACAUGCACAGGCUACUUUGGAGCAGAAUUCCACGUUGAUGCAUUCUCCUAACGCCACACAUAACUUGACCACAGAAGUGAAGCACAAGUCAGGACCCAAAAGUUCCUCAAAUUCCACAAAAGUAAAAAGGAAAGAUAUUGAAAAUGUGAAUAAGACUACGCCAAAGAAAACCACAGAGAAGAACACCACGACGCAGACCAUCACGAACAAUAACCCCCAAAACGGAAAAACGGACGAGCAGUGGGUUUUAAUCAUCACCAUAGUGUGUUUGGUCUUAGUUUUACUCCUGGCAGCCAUCAUGGCCGGAAUCCUGAUCAUAUGCAGGAGGAGGAAAAGAAACACAGCUGGUCUUGAAAAGGACGAUCCUUAUCUGGAUGAUGAAGAUGGAGAGAAAGUGCCGAUGCCUAUGUUUGAAGACGAUAUGCCCUCAGUAUUGGAGUUGGAGAUGGAGGAUUUUGAGAAAUGGAUGAUAAAAGGAGGGAGUAACAUCAGCCUGGACUCAAAACAGAGGCAUCCUUCAUGAACACACUGCUGUAAUUGCUGUGGAACUUAGAGAGAGAGAUGAAGCACUCAGCAUCCUAUCACACAAGAAGCUUCUUUCCUGUGAACUCUCUCUCCCUCUCUCUGAUUUCUUAUCGGAAAAACAAACUUUUGACACACCGCAAUUUGUGUGUGUGUGUAAAUGAACCUGCCAUGUUUUGAAGUCUACUGAGAGAACACACACACACACACACACACACACACACACACACACACACACACUGGGAUUCUGUUCAGUUUCUUCAGAAUACAUUUAUUUGUAUUAUCAGAAAGGCUGUAUGUAUGGAGUUUAUGAAACAAUUAGAGCCAUAACAGGGCAAACUGUACCUGUAUACUGGGUAGAUUGGGAUAUAAUUAGGCUGGAAGUGUCACAUAAGUGACAUCACAUGAAUUUUUUUUUCUUGAUCCGUUCCUCUGAGAUUCACAGUCACAUCAGAAAUCAUCCUCAGUUGUGUUUAACAUUAUCACAUUCACAUUUCCUGCCUGUUUUUUUUCCCUCUAAAUAUUAUUUAAAUAUUUUGUUAUUUGAUAUGGAAAUAUCGCUGGGGUUAUUUUUUUUAUUUUUUGUAAAUAUGGUGAACAGACUGUAUUUUGAAGCCAUUUUGUUUUGUGAUGAUGACUUGAAUCUACUCUGUUUCAAUCACUUUCAUGAACUUUUUUUUUCAUGCAAACAGUAAAAAAUUGUCAUUUGUCUAUUUGUAUGUUUGUGCACUUGUGUGUUUUAUCUUGUCCCAUUAAGCAACUGUCCAUAAUCCUAUAAACUCAACCACCUCCAGGUCAUCAUUAGCUAAUAAAUUAAGAAUUUAUAUCAUAAA